UCUCAAUUCUUCUCACGCCGUCCUCCUUACCCGCCACCAGCACUCUCUUAAAUACCUUCCACUUCUCCAAAAUGGUCCUCCUCCGUUCCAUUUACGUUGCUACAGCCCUUCUCGGUGCCUGUGCGACUGCCAUUCCUACCGGUCCCAUCCGGGACAUCGCCACUCUCACCGAGCGCUGCGUUCCCGACGAUCCAACCUCGUGUGGAUCCGGCUCCGUGAAGCGUGAUGUUCCUGCGAAGCGCUGUAUUCCUGACGACCCGACUUCCUGCGAGCCGGGCGACUUCAAGCGCGCAUUCCCCGAAAAGCGCUGCAUUCCCGAUGAUCCGACUUCUUGCAGCCCUGGAGAUUUCAAACGCGCUUUCCCUGAGAAGCGUUGUGUUCCUGACGACCCAACUUCUUGCAGUGCUGAAGACUACAAGCGAGAGGUUCUGAGCAAGCGUUGUAUUCCCGACGACCCGACCUCCUGCGGCGCUGGGGACUUCUAAGCGCGCUUCCCCCGAGAAGUGUGGAGUCUCCAGAUUGGUCUCCUGUGGAUGCGGUGACAAGUCAUAAUUGCACCUUUGUCGAAUACCUUACUUGGGUUCUUGGCGAUCAUUACACUCUAAAAACCCAUCUUUUUGGCCUGAAUCUACGAAGUAGAGCGUUCCAAGAAGGGUUAUAUUUACGUGACUCAUUUCUAAGAGGCUGAAUCUGUUUAAGAUACCUGUAUCAACUCUAGUUCAAUAUUCGAAAGGGUUGGACAUUAUUUGUGCUUGGUGGGCGAUACUUGACCUGUAUUACGGUGUAUACCUGAAUU